AUGGAAAAUAGCGGCAUAGCGGGACAGGGACAUGGUGUUACUUGGAAGAAGAUUUUUGUCGUGGCUAUUCUGCUAGCAGUGAACUUGUUGAACUAUAUGGACCGUUUCACGAUAGCCGGAUUGCUAGGAAGGCUCCAGGAUUACUUCCUCCUGAACGAUAAAGAAGCAGAGGAAUUUAUUUUUUUUUUACUGCAGACAGUUUUCAUUGUCUUCUUCAUGCUGUUUGCUCCUAUAUGUGGAUAUUUUGGCGAUCGAUAUAAUCGAAAGUUUAUUAUUAUAGCUGGUCUUAUAGUAUGGAUAAGCGGCGUAAUGCUGUCGACAUUUGUUGGACGUGAUCAUUUCUUUGUGUUUCUCUUUCUACGAGGAGUUGUUGGUAUUGGUGAAGCUACAUAUUCGACAGUAGCUCCUACCAUAAUCGGCGAUCUCUUCUAUGGUCCCAUGAGAAGUAUUGCACUGAUGGUGUUUUAUUUUGCCAUACCCGUUGGCAGUGGGCUAGGAUUUAUCGGUGGCUCAUCCAUCGCCUUGUGGACUGGUAGCUGGCAAUGGGGUGUCAGGUUUACCCCUUUGAUCGGCGUGCUGUUUCUUAUCCUUAUCAUUUUUGGGCUCGAAGAGCCAAAACGUGGGCAGGCAGAACACGCCCAGAUUGAACCGAGCACGUUGCUGCAGGACUUGAAGUACCUGAUUAGUGUAAGAACAUAUGUUUUGACGACGUUUGGAUUUACAAGCGUCGUCUUUUGCGUUGGUGCUGCAAGUUGGUGGACACCACAGUUAAUGACUUACGCGUAUGGCAUUCAACACGGUAUUGAUGAUGUCCCGAAGGAUGAAGUGGCGCAUCUUUCGGUAAUAUUCGGAGCGAUUACAUGUUGUGCUGGAAUCGUCGGAAUAAUUGCUGGAUCUACGAUAGCUCAGGCAUGGCGAGAAGGGAACUGGUGCUUUCGGGCUUCGCACCGCGCUGAUGCGUUCGUUUGUGCGGCUGGAUCCUUUCUCGCAGCUCCGUUACUGUUCACUGCUCUAAUGGUCGCGAGCCAAUCUCUCAAUUAUGCUUGGCAUGUGAUUGUUACACAUCGCCGCGCUUCUGCCACUGCCAUUCAGACGCUGAUAGGACAUCUAUUUGGUGAUGCUUCAUCGCCGUACAUCAUCGGUUUCAUUUCGGAUGCUGUGCGAGGUGAUCAAACUUCUUCAAUCGCCAAGUACCAUGCGUUGCAGUAUGCAAUGUUUCUUCCAAAUGCUGUUCUUAUUCUCAGUAUUGGGUGUUACCUCUGGGCUACAUUUUACAUCGUUGCUGACCACCAUCGGGCGAAACAAGAAAUGCACGUGGAUGAUGAGUGGGCCAGUGAUGUUGAGACAUUGAUAGCCAAUGUUCAACCCGGACAAGACGAAGGAAUAAGCAAUAUAUUAUUUCGUGAAACCAGUUGGUGCCUGCACUUUUUAGCGCUUUCCAUGACCGAAGAAGCAAUUGCCUUACAGCGGAACCGGCAAACACAGUCGGUUCACGCAUCGAACAAGGAGCACGAUUGUUAUGAUUCGGAGCUGCACCUGGACAAUGUGCUCAAACACCUGUCAUUUCUUCGGAUUAACAUAGAUAGUGUAUUACUUCCUGAAGAAAAUACAUUCAUUGAACGGCUGUAUAAUGAAGGAUCACUUUAUGGGUUCAACCUGGAAUAUCAAUUUCCUUGCCUCGAAAAUGUUUCACGAUCGCUCAAAGCUCCAGUUCGAAUACCAGCCAAGAGUUUCACCAUGACUAACAUACAAUUCCGUCAUAGAAGAGUCGUUCUUCUGCAAAUGAAUCCUGAAAUUAUUCCCUUUUGGAAUCGCCACCACCUUGUCAUACGGCUGCAUGUUCAACUAAAUACUCGUGGAAAGUUCUCGGCAAGUUGUUUUUCAACCAUAUUAAACUUUUUUAAACUUUUGAAUGACUUCACACGCUUGCUCGGUCACUGUGUCGUUCCACUUGCCGAGCUUCUCAUUCCGCCUUUUAUGAUUUGCCGAGAUUUUAAUUUCAUCCCUGCCAAAGGAAUGACAUUUGAGGGUUCUUCGCUAACCAUAUUCCAAAAGCAGGACCAGUGCCGUUUCGUGAGAGAGUCCCUUCAAAUCUUACUGACUUAUCCGAUUCGGUUUUUGAAGACCAAGCCAUUAAUUAUGGAACUUCUCGCCCGCAUGCUUUGGGUUUCGAUUCCCGGCGUGCACACGCGUUGGAUUCUCACCGGGAAUUUCGCCCUGCAGUGCGCUCCAGUACAUCGUCAAGUGUCAAGGAGAGAGAACGAGAGAGCCCCCGGAGCAAAUGCCUCAUCCAACUCACUGUGCAUGAGGCUCGCGGACUUCCACCUGUACGGGAUGAAAGAAAUCGGUUUGUUUCUCCUAAUGCCUAUGUUUCUGUCCUGGGAAGAGACGGUGAACUUCGCUCGUCAGUUUGUGAGCGUUCUCGCCGUCCUCUUUGGAACUGGACGGCACGGAUUUUAUAUUUGUGGAGAGCGCCGUAACAUAAUAGUGAAGAUACUUCAUCACGAUAUCAGUGGCGAUAUGACACUUGGUUUUGUAUCGAUUCCAUUACCAAUUGAAGAAGCGCAUCGUGUUGAUUAUGAGAUGGUGGACUUGACUGGAACGGCUGGCCUAAAUGGCGAGGUACCCAUCAUAACUAUGUCCAUGGAAGCCAGCGAUGUAGUGCGACGCCCGAGUAGUGCAAAUCGGGUUCAGUCGAGUUCAAGCUCGUGGAGUGAGCAACAAGCCACUUCUAGAGGAGCUUCGCCUCCCUUGAGAUCGGCGUCGACUGGUCCAGCUACCAUGCGUUCAUCUCAUGAUGAAGACUACCUGAUUAUGGCUACGCGCGAAGAGUUGGAAGAAAAAUUGAAGCGAAAUCUCUCUGAUCUGGAUCGAAUGAUUAGGACAAUCAAGGAAUGA